GUGCGGGAAGCGACGUCCAAUGACCCAUGGGGCCCCAGCAGCUCUCUGAUGUCAGAGAUAGCAGACCUGACCUACAACGUAGUGGCCUUCUCUGAGAUCAUGAGCAUGGUGUGGAAACGACUCAACGACCACGGCAAGAACUGGAGACACGUCUACAAGGCUAUGACUCUCAUGGAGUACCUCAUAAAGACGGGUUCAGAGCGCGUGGCUCAGCAGUGCAGAGAGAACAUCUACGCUGUCCAGACUCUCAAGGACUUCCAGUUCAUCGACAGAGACGGCAAGGACCAGGGGGUGAAUGUACGGGAGAAGGCCAAACAGCUGGUAACACUGCUGAAGGACGAGGAGAGACUACGRGAGGAGAGGAUCCAUGCACUCAAGACCAAAGAGAAGAUGGCACAGACCACCAGUGCCUCUUCGGCCCCCUCAGCUCCAGGUCUGGGGGKUGGAGCGCUGUCUCAGGGCUCUCACUCUGGAGGGGCGGACCCAGAGCAGGCGUGGCCACAGAGCUCCGGUGAGGAGGACCUGCAGCUGCAGCUGGCCCUGGCCAUGAGCAAGGAGGAGGCGGAACAGACUACUGUGGCCCCUCUGGAGGACGCAGAGCUCCGCUAUGCACUCACACUCAGCAAGGAAGUACAAGAACAGGAGGAGAGGCUGCGCAGGGGGGACGACCUGAGACUGCAGAUGGCCAUCGAGGAGAGCAGGAUGGAGAAGGCCAAGCCAGAGGAGAGUGCGUUAAUGGAGUUGAGUGCUGUGGACCCCUGGGGGGCUCCUGCUGCUGCCUCUGGGGGCUCUGCCGGCCCCUCACCCCCUCCCACAGUCCCCCUCCCAGCCCCCUCUGCCUCUGGCCCCUGGGGCCUGGCCCCUGCAGACCCUUGGGGUGCCUCGUCGCCCGCCUCACCCCCCAGCGUAGACCCAUGGGCUAGUGGAGGGACGGCCCCCCCAACGAUAGCCCCCCCGCCAGACCCCUGGGGAGAGACAGCCUCAAGAGUCAACUCCGUUGACCCCUGGGGACCCUCAGCUGUGACCCCCCCCAGUGUCGACCCCUGGGGCCCCUCUGUGCCCCUCUCCACCACCUCCUCUUUUGGGGGGCCAAUAGACCCCUGGGCUGGGGACGGGGUUGAUCCCAUCAUCACCUCUGACCCWUGGAGCGACUCCGCCAAACACACUAAUGGCACAGGACACCCAGAACUGCGAGGUCAGUUAACGGGCGACAGUGCRGGUUCUCCGGUGCCCUUUGACCUCACAUCUCUGUGCUCUUCACUUCCUGUCCGUAAGACCCCCGAGUCGUUCCUGGGGCCCAACGCAUCGCUGGUGGACCUGGACUCACUGGUGUCUUCUAAACCCAAACCUAAACAACCUCCUCCUCCAUCAAUCUCCUCCUCCUCAACACAUAACCCCUUCCUCCAGACUACAGCCUCGUCUUCAGCCCCUGGCAUGGCAGUCACCCCGGGCAGCACAAUCUCCAGCAGGGGGGUUUCCCCGACGCCACCCCCCACCUCCAACCCGUUUGGCGCGGCCGCCCCCAUGUCCUCCAUCUCCCCACAGCCCUCCACACUGGGCCUCAGCAGCCUCCGCACCAGCCCUGUACCACCCAACCCCAUGGCAUACCCUGGCAUGGGCAUGGGGCCUAUGGGUAUGGGAGCACCAGGCCUGGGGAUGGGCAUGAUGCAGAGCCCCAUGGGAAUGUCUCCCUACGGCGGGCUCUCGCCCAUGGGUCCUCCUGGGCCCUCUCACUUCAUGGGGNGCCUGGGGAUGGGCAUGAUGCAGAGCCCCAUGGGAAUGUCUCCCUACGGCGGGCUCUCGCCCAUGGGUCCUCCUGGGCCCUCUCACUUCAUGGGGUCCGGAGGGGCCCUGCCCCCACAGCUGAAUUUUGGGGGGCCUACGGGGGCAGCUGGAGUGAUGGGAGCCGGGGGAGCAGUGGGAGGGGCCGGAGUGACGGGCGCCAGCACCAAUCCCUUUCUUCUUUGAGGACGUUUCAGCACUCCCCCUUCCUCUUCAACACCCAAUCCAGGCCUUGCCCCGCCCCUCAUCUACUGCCCCCCUUCCCCCCCAGAGUGAUCCUACUUCAACACAAACAAUUAAUGUUUCCAAAAAGAAACGUGUGUACAUCUCUAUAUUUAAAGAAGAAAAAGAACAUCUGAAUUUGUUAUUUUCUUUCAGAAGCAUUUACAUGAAUUUCAACAACAGCAAAAAUAUUUUGGUUCAUUUCAGUGGGAUGUAGCAGGAGGGAAAUAGACGUUUAUUUAUUUUUAUUUAGUUUUAUUGCGUUUGGGUUUCUUUCAGUCCUUUCUGAAAUCAAGGUGGGUGUUUGAGAGUUUGGCUUCAUCAGUAACUCUGAUAUAAUAUUGUAUUAUUGCACUGACAGAGAUGGGGAGAGAGAGGGGACAUGGCCACUAACAAACUGAAACACAAACAAAUUCCUGUACCUGCCUCUUCCUCUCUGUCUGUAGAAGAGGAGGAAUGAAGGAGGAUUUUAUAAAAAAAACUCCUGAACAAGAUUUGGACAGAAAAAGCUGGCAUUAACAUUUCAGCCACAAUAUAGUCAAAUCAUUCAAUAGCUGUUCUAUUUUUUAUUUAAUGUAAUUUAUUUCUAUUUUUUUUCUGCUCCUGGGAAUGAAUAAACAAGGGGGGAAUAUUACGCAAUUAUGCCAUUAAAUCAAAUGCUUAUUUUUUCUUACUGAUUGUCAUGGAAAUCAAAAUAAGGCAUCUAUUGGUUGAGGAGAGAUGGAAUGUGUUUUGUAAAUGUAUGAAUGUGUCUGUCUCCAUUCAUCCUGCGUCCUCGCUUAUUUCAGCAAGGUACAAAUCUAUUAUUUUUGUUUUUAAAAAUUGUCACUUGUAUCAAUGCUAUGUAAUGUUGGGAUUUUAAAUGAGGUAUUAUAAGGGUCACAUUUUUCUGCCAAUUUUAUUUCACACAUUUUGUAUUAAUCAGAAGCAUUAGUCUUUCUCACUCUUUCAUACAGGAUGCCUCGUCUGCAGGUGUCUCUGGACAUGACUGGACCCUCCUUUCCGACCCYCCUCCCUACGGGGGGAGAGCUACAGAUGCUUCUUUUAAAAAGACAAUUCAAUGAAUGAAAGAACUUAAACAACAGGGGACUUGAUGACAUGCUCCAAGCUGUUCAUUUAGUUUGAUGAUUGUUAUUUUAUAUCAACUAAAAGAUCUCUUGUAUCGGGUAAGGUCACAUUUUGUGUGGUGUUAACUGUGAACAUUCACAUUUGAAAAGUGAAAUAAAAUAAAUCCACAAAGGGUACGUUUCUUUA